UGAUCAACAUCAAUAUUAGGCGCCUCCCUCCCCUUAUCGAUUCUGUUUGAAAGGGUUAUAUCAAAUGUAGUCGUCAUUUUGCUUCGCUUGUGACACUGGAGAAGGUCAACCAAUGAAUCAUGUCUGCAUUUUUAAACGUAACGUUGAUUGGCGUAUUGAUGCUGGUCAUACAAGUCACCGAAUCUUUUGACUGGAACAGAGAACAGUAUUUUCAAGAUGGCCUCAAUACUUACUUAAAUGGAUACAAGCAAUCAACAGGGCAUCAACUGCGACAAAAGCGAACUACCGUUACGACAACUGUUGAUGGAAAGUUCACCGUGCAGCUGAUAGUGAGUGUUGAUCCAAUUACAGGACAAGUGAGUCUACCUGACAGCAUUAAUGGGGGCCGAUUCCGCAAUGUACCAAAUUUGAACGCAAGACGUUGUCAAGGCAGACAAUGCAACUAUUCCUUGUCAUAUCAAAAAGCAAACUCACCUGAAACGCCAGCAUUCGCAGAUUUAAAGAGGAUCAACAAAAGUCAAUCAAGAACGACGGCUGAUGAGAAGGCAAUUCAAGAUAAUAAACGUGUAACGGUUGCGCCCCGCUACACGAGGCCAAAGCAAGUGAUAAAUAGAACAUCAACGAUCAGGACAACAGUUCGCUAUCCGUUACCUACGUCAUCGAGACAGCAGAUGGUGAACAGAACUCGAAUAGUAUAUGGUGAAUGGGCACGUAGAACGUCAGCUCGGAAGCCAAGUGUCCUAACUACUACAGCCCGUAAUGCGCUUAAUUCAAGAGAAGGAUCAUUAUUACUUACACCAAGGAAUAAUAGUGAGUCGGCCGAACAUAUAGACAAUGUAUUCCAUCAGAAGAAAAAUGAAACAGAAUCUUAUGGCGAGAGUCCAUCAAGAAGCAAUGAUUCUAUUGCUAAUUAUUCUAAUGAAAACGGUAAGGUGAUACAAUCGUCUCAGUUUAACGAAUCAAUUUUUAGGGAUUCUGAGAAACCGAUCACGGUACAGUCAGACGAUAUCGUGAAUCAUACGACUAGCCCUAAAUCUAUUAUUGGGCAUUCCGGAGCUGACAACUUAAACCUGGAGCGGAGUCAUGGUCCUAAUAUGGAUCCAAAUAAAAUGGAAGCCAAUCAAACGACUGAAGGCUUAAUUGAAUCGGGUAGCCCAACUCAAAUGCCCGUCCACUGCAAGGAGCCGGACUGUUUGCCUUGGGAGCGCAGAGCUCAUUUUGAAGUACAGAUCCAUCCGCAAACUAAGGAAAUAGUCAACAUUCGUGUGCCUUUAUUGAAAACAAAAAGCAAACCAGUCAGGCCGUCUCACGAAUACGGGGACUCGAGAAAUAUUGAACCAUCGUUAUCACCGUCCAACUCGUCUGGAAAAGACGAAGAGUUUCCAUGGCAAAACACCGAUGGUUUUGAAGUCGAGAUAAACCCUAAAACACAGCAAGUGGUUAACAUAAGUGCCCAUCUAAAUGCAACUAAUGAAACAACUGUAAGGCCGCCUCAUGUAGAGCAUGAAAAUUCUAGUGCUGAGAAACUAGUGACACCAGCUUUGGAACAAACUACUACCAAACACGAAGAGCUUCCUUGGUUACAGAGAGGCAAUCAUCAAGUCCAAAUAGACCCCAAAACAGAGCAAGUGGUCAACAUCCGCACGAAAAUUCAGACGAAAUCAAACCUCACCCUUCAUGAGAAUCCUAUCACUCCAACACAAGAGAUACGUGCUCCUCGGACAAAAAUGGUAAUCAGAGAAGCACUUAUGCCUUUACCAAUACCAUUUUAUUAUAGAAAACAAAUUAUGAGCCAAUCCAGCAAUCCUGACCCAAUCACGUACAAUCUCACGAAAGAAAGUGAGACGGUCAUUCAAGGACGUAUAGAAACGAUGAAAGACCCUUCCUCGACGACCCAGCCUCCUCAGCAGCCCACUGAAUUGCCAUGGCAACUGAAAGAUGGUUUUGAAAUUCAAAUUCAUCCCACAACAAAAGAAGUCGUUAAUGUCCGAAUAGCGCAAAAUUCACGCUAUGCUCAUGCUACCAUGCACGCUGAACAAGCAACAGUUCCGGACAGCGUCACGCAACCCACUACUGGACCCACGUUGGUUUUCGAACCUUCCCAAGAUUCAGAUAUGCGUCCACGGCAACAUCAAGACGAUGACAUAGUUCAGACGAAGAAAAAUGAAACGGAGGAUAUUCAGACACAAUUAAGCCCAACUCCAAUCACGUUGGACGUUCAAACGAGCAGCCAAAAUGAGACGGCUAAAGAAGAGCAUUCAUCUCCUACACCCGAUUUAAAUUCUCAAAUAAAUUUACUAGCACGAGAACUGGCUAAUGCUACCGGUCCAGUAAUCGAUAGCCGUGUGACGACUACUCUUGUUCCAGUAGCUGAACUUUCAGAAGAAGAUUUUCCUUGGCAACAGAGAGACGAUUACGAAGUUCAAAUCGAUCCUAAAACAAAGCAAGUUAUCAACAUCCGUCUGCAAACGACCACAACGCACAAUCCCAUUUCUAAACCCACGCAAUUUGACGAGGCCAACGAUCCUGAUCGUGUUCCAUCUCAAACUAGAGAUCGUGCGGUUGACACCAGUAAGUUUAUUGAACUCGAUGACGAACAUGGUGAUAUUCCUCGUCGAAAGGACGUUGGAAAACACGAAGACGACCAACUGCCGGAUGAACCGAGAUCACGCAUCGCUGUUUUAGCCAUUCCAAAUGGGAAAGAUGAAGCGAUCCGGAAGACGGCCAAUAACCGCUCACGAACAACCAAAAUACGCAAACCGAUUUUGAGCCAUUCUGACGGCCUACUUUAUUUCCGCUACGCCGACGAUGACGAUCUGUGGGAACAGUUGGAACCCUUUAAUCGUGAUUCGAAAUUUGUAUUCAUCGACGAACAUAGUUGGAUUGGUUCUAGACCCGGGCGUGGUAGGGAUUCUCCUUAUUUCUAUUUUAGUGACAGCUCAAGCGUACUGAUGACUUUGUCGUGUUACCCAAUGUUAUUAGUAGCAUGUCUCGUCUUUUUAAUUUCAUAAUUUUGUGAAUAUUCAUUGUCGCGCAUCUCAAUCUAUGCCAUUGUAUCAAAGCCAUGUACUUAACAAAUUAUCCAUCGAAACGAUAUAAUUUCAAAGUAUACGUAACCUCUAUUAUAUUAACGUAUUAUGAAAUGA